CAAGUCUCCAACUACUCUUUCCUUAAGACAAGAAGCCAAAUAAAGGACAAAACAAACGAAACUUCUCUGCAAAUUUCUUCACUUCCACGCGUUUCAAUCAUCUCUAUAUAAACUUAUUUCUCCCCAACUCACCUAAACACGUCUCUCUCGGUUCCUCAAGUUCUCAAUCUUUCUCUCAAAUUCAAACUCUGAUUCCAUCUUCUUAACUCUUUAAGCUUCUCUCAAAGUUUCCAAAUCAAUCAACCAUGGUUCGUUGUAGCAACAACCUUGUUGGUAUACUUAACUUCCUAGUCUUUCUCCUCUCAAUCCCAAUCUUAGCUGGAGGAAUCUGGCUAAGCCAAAAAGGGUCAACAGAGUGUGAAAGGUUCCUAGACAAACCCGUGAUUGCUCUUGGUGUUUUUCUCAUGGUUGUAGCUAUAGCUGGUUUGAUUGGUUCAUGUUGUAGAGUCACAUGGCUUCUUUGGGUUUAUCUCUUUGUCAUGUUCCUUUUGAUUCUCCUUGUGUUCUGUAUAACAGUUUUCGCCUUUGUUGUUACAAACAAAGGUGCUGGUGAAGCUAUUGCUGGAAAGGGUUAUAAAGAGUAUAGACUUGGUGAUUACUCUGAUUGGUUGCAGAAUCGUGUUAACAAUGGUAAAAACUGGAAUAAGAUUAGGAGUUGUCUUGUUGAGAGCAAAGUUUGUUCUAAGCUUGAAGCUAAGUUUAUUGAUGUUCCUGUCAAUAAUUUCUACCAAGAACAUCUUACUGCUCUUCAGUCCGGUUGCUGCAAACCCUCAGAUGCAUGUGGAUUCGAGUACGUAAACCCCACAACCUGGAACAAGAACACAACGGGAACACUUGCUCAUCCAGACUGCCAAACCUGGGACAACGCGAAAGACAGGCUCUGCUUCGAUUGUGAAUCUUGCAAAGCGGGUCUACUAGACAACGUCAAGAGCGCAUGGAAGAAAGUAGCGAUCGUAAACAUCAUCUUCCUUGUCUUCCUCAUCAUUGUCUACUCUGUUGGUUGCUGUGCUUUCAGGAACAACAAGAGGGAUGACAGUUAUACCCGUACCUAUGGAUAUAAGCCUUGAACAUAGUUUAUUGGUUUUUUUAGGACAGAGAGAUUCGUUGAUCCUUUUUAUACAUUACUCUGGAGUUUGCUUUUUAUGUUUGAUUUUAUCUUUGGUGUUUUGAGACCAUAUUGCUUGUACAGCUCACUUAAUGAUAUUUAUUUAUUAGUGUGUUCUGUCUUUUAUGGCUAAACCUUGAUACGA